AUGGCAGGCAAUGCCUCGAUCGCGCUGUUCCUCGCCGUCAGCCUGGCGGUGGUCUCGCUGGCCAGUGCCUGCGGCGGCCGCUGCCCGCCGACGCCCACCCCGACGCCGGUGGCGUCCGGCAGGUGCCCCCGCGACGCGCUGAAGCUGGGCGUGUGCGCCAACGUGCUGGGCCUGAUCAAGGCCAAGGUGGGCGUGCCGCCGGCGGAGCCGUGCUGCCCGCUGCUGGAUGGCCUCGUCGACCUUGAGGCGGCGGCGUGCCUCUGCACGGCGAUCAGGGGCAACGUCCUCGGCAUCAACCUCAACCUCCCCGUCGACCUCAGCCUCAUCCUCAACUACUGCGGCAAGCGCGUGCCCACCGGCUUCAAGUGCCUCUAA